AUGGAAAAUAGCAUCAAAAGCCUUAUUGCUCUAAUAAGCGAGUAUUAUUUUUUUCUCAUUUACGAAUAAAUUUCUUUUUUAAUUUCUGCUUAAAAAUAUUUGGAAAUAUAAUUUCAUAUAUAGAAUUAGCUAGGUCUAUCAUUAUUAUAAUAAUCAUAAUUAAUAUAAAAAAAAAUAUUUUAUAUAACGUUUUGCUUGCUUAUGAUAGGAAUUUAAUUUAAAAAUGAGAUUUUUUUAAUGGUUUUAUUUAUCUGAGAAGUUAGUGGAAACGAAAUUGAUAUCAAUAGCUUGAUAAAAAAUAUACUCUCAGCAAAAGAAAUUGCGCAUAAAGAGCAGCCAAAGCAAGAAUUAAAGUUUCCAUAUAUAGAAUUAUAUGGAGGAACUAAGGAGAAAAUUUCCCCAAAACAUGUAAAACUAGCUCCAAUAGAAGGCAAUUUAGGAGAAAUUUUGAAUAGGGUGAGAUGCAGAAUGAAGGAAAGAGAAAACAAUUACAAUUAUUUAAAAUCUUUGAAAUUUUUAAAUCAAAAUGACUCCGCGGAGAAAAUGAUAGAAAAGCUGUCAAAUAUAGAUAUAGAAAAAAUAGGCUUAAUGACCUAAAUAGGCAAUAAGGGAAUAAAAAUUUUCCUAAACAUAGGAUAAUUUUAUUAUAAAUUAAAAGAUUUUAUAUAGCUUUUAUAGUAUAAUUAUUGAAAAAUCUCAAAGAAAGACAAAGAAGAAAAAGUCUAGUCUCUCUCCUGUAAGCAGUAAAAAAUCAAUUGAAAAUACUUUUGAUGGGACUUUAAACAGGCCAAGGAAAAUUGUAAUUACUGAUAUUGUAGAUAUGACUAAAUCUAAACCUCAGACAAAAAAGAUAAUAAAUUUAGACUCAACCCCAUCUCCCCAUUCUAAAAAGCAAACAAGGUAUUUUCCCAGAUUAAAUAGUAGAAAAUCAUCAUUUAUCGCUAAUAAGGAUUUUCUUAGCCCAAAUAAUAAGAAAUCUUCAUUUGCUGUCAAUACGGAUUUUCUUAGCCCAAUUAGUAAAAAAUCAUCAUUUAUUAGCAAUGAGGAUUUUGAUAAUGGAAACAAGCGAGUUUUUAAGAAAAGACUAAGCUCGUUUUCUCCAAAAAGAAACUCCAAAGCUAGCUUUGACAAGAUUUCUGAAGACUCGUAUUCUGGACCUAAAAAGGUAGAAUUAGCUGAUAUUAUAGUAACAAGCCAGUGGAAAUCUCCAAAAACAAAAGAUUUGCACUAUUCUCCAAAUUCUCGGGAAAAGUUAAAAAAUUUUGAAAAUAGCCGAUUGUCUACUUAA